AGAUCUUAAUAUUAUCGCAUUCACCCUUUCCCCAACUGCACCCCUCCUCCAGUCACUUCCUUUUCCAUGGCCCAAACACUUUCUCCCUGCAUUUAUUACCUACCACUGUCACUAUGAAUGCUGUCUUUUGUUUUUCAUCUUCAACUUCAUCUAAACCUUUCACACAUAUCUUCGGCUUAGAACAACCAACAACAAGUUCACAUUGUAGGAACCUUUGUCUUGUCGUGUCGGGUAGUGGCUCAUAUUGAUAUUGGUAUGGUCUUUCUUUGAACCCCAUUUGCAAAAAGGAAGAAGAAGAACAUGAAGAUUCAGUGUGAUGUGUGUGAGAAAGCCCCUGCAACCGUGAUUUGUUGCGCAGAUGAGGCAGCUUUGUGUGCCAAAUGUGACGUUGAAGUUCAUGCUGCAAACAAGCUUGCAAGCAAGCACCAGAGGCUUCUCCUUCAAUGUCUAUCAAACAAGCUUCCCAGAUGUGACAUAUGCCAAGAUAAGCCAGCUUUCAUAUUUUGUGUUGAGGACAGAGCACUCUUCUGUAAAGACUGUGAUGAGCCAAUUCAUUUAGCCAGUAGCCUUUCUGCAAACCACCAGCGCUUCCUCGCUACUGGUAUCAGGGUGGCUUUGGGUUCUAAUUGCACCAAAGGCCAUGAAAAAGGUAACAUGGAACCAUCUAAUCCAAAUGCACAAGAAGUUCCUGUGAAAACUCCUUCUCAGCAAGUGCCUAGCUUCACAUCCUCUUGGGCAGUUGAUGACUUGUUGGAAUUAACAGACUUUGAAUCGCCAGACAAAAAGCAAUCCCUGGAAUUUGGAGAACUUGAAUGGCUAGCAGAUGCAGGCCUUUUCAGUGAACAGUUUCCUCAUGAAGCUUUAGUCGCAGCUGAAGUUCCUCAGCUUCCAGUGCCACACACUAGCAGUGUUGCCUCACAUAAAGCCCCCAAAUCCUUGGUGUCUUACAAAAAGCCUAGGAUUGAAGUCCUGGAUGAAGAUGAUGAUGAACACUGCACUGUCCCGGAUCUCGGAUAAAGUACAUUCUCAUGUAAACAAUUGCCUGAAUCAGUAGGUUGAUGAGUUGUAUAUGCAUACUAGGUGCAGAUGUUAAUGAACUCUUCAGUGUGCCUGAUCUAGCUGAAGCUCAGGACCAUGAGGACUAUUGCAUGAACCUGUAGAUUGAUGAGUUGUAUAUGCAUACUUCUUAGGACAGUAAGUAAUGAAGUAUGUUAACUAGCUGUGUGGAGUUGAUAAAUAUCUCAUUUUAGGAGAGCUUUGAAUGGUUUGAUUUUUAGAAAAUAGCAUAAAUUAAAACUUUAGGGGAUUUAAUUUUCCUUGUUGCUCUUUUUGAUCAUUGUUUACACUCUAGAUGGUUAAUUUCAUAUGUAUGCUUGUGUUGGAGACCAUUUUGGCCUAAUAGCUAGGAUGAAGACAUGCGGCA